AUGAUUCUAGACUCUAUCGAUCUCUCCCGUGAACCCGGAUAUUCAUUCUUCUUCCAUCUCUCGGCGACUGGCUCUGUGGAAAUCUUCGAAGAAACGACAAAUCUACAUUAUCUCAACCUCGCUAUCGACCUCCUCGAGCUGACCUUAGCCGUCGAUGACGCUGGAUCUCACCAUCAUAUCCUCACUUCCGUGUCUCUCGCCUCCGCUUACCUUCAACACUACCUUUUAGAGAAGCACGCUCCAGCAUUGGAAUCUGCUCUAGAAAUCUUUCAUGGUGCCCACCAAAGCCCUUCAAUCCUUCAAUGGACAUCUAAUUUCGGUGAUACAAGGUCAAUCUUUAUCAUCGUCGACGUUCUCCGACUUCGUUACGACGACCUAGGUCCCAGGUCUGAAGAUCUAUUGCGCGGCGUGAAAGCUGUCAAAUCAAUCCUAAAUUCUGUUUUGCCUCCUUCGGACUUCAAAUACACGGCUUUUCAAGUUCUCGUCGUCAGCGUUAUAUUCAUCCUCUCCCAAGCCCUGAGUCGGGACAAAUGGUUCGAAGCGCUUUCACUCCUGCAAGAAGCCCUGAUCGAAGGCUCGUCGUCAAGAACUUCCUCACCUGACGCCCAUGACGCUUUAUCUGCUGCACUCGACUGCUGCAUCCCGUCAUCCAGUGCGAAGACGCUAUGCAUCCUUCAUCUGGCCGAUACCCUCGAUCGCCGAGGAGACUUUCCAGCGCUCGAUAGAAACACGUACGACGUUCAACGUGGAUGGGAUGAAGAAUGGGAGUCGGCUCUUUCGUUUCUUCGCAGCAAAAUCAACUACUCUUCCCCAUCGACGGCUGUUGUGACCAAUUCCUUUCAAAUUUUCGAGCUCCAGGCAGAGUCUGCAUAUCGACGAGAACCAGGGCGGUUAAAUUGGAAGCCGCCCAUUGGGUCGCAUAAAUGUACUUUCGUUGUCGCUCCCGCUUUUGUCAACACGAUGAACGCGAGUGAAACUCCAGAUGGCGUUCUGGAAGGUCACCAUCGCUUUUUUCACCAUUUGAAAGCUCUAAUCAAGCCGCUCACGGACGACGAACUCGACUAUCUCAUCCAAAACCCGGAGACGGUGCAGGAUCUGCUCUCCAUGUCCGCUUUCUUCCGAUCCUCGGACGAUACCAUGGCCUACUGGAAACGAUCGCCAGGCAUCCUUGCAUACGUGAUCAUGAAAAGAGACCCAACACACGCUGCUAGGGUCAAAGAAGCUGCCCGCAGCAUGCUCCAAGUCAAUCUGCAGCUGGAGCCAGCCUAUACCCAUCUGUCGCUCAGCAUCGCGUCCGAUGUGAGGAGGUACGAGGAGGAUUGCGCUGAUACUGCCUCGCGCCUGUUCAAAGAAUUCCUCCGCGUUCAACAGCGCGGCACACCAAGGCACUUGUUCGCGAUUAUCGAGUUGGCCUCAGGUUACAUUGCGGAAUACUUUGCGAGCACAAAGCGUCGAACGACGCUCUUUGUUCUUGCCCUGGAGCUUUUUAGGGAAGCGACAUUGAUCACAGGUUACGAGCCAUGGACAGUAGAGGCGAGGAAGAUCAUGGUUCUCGGGCGCAUUUUGCGAUUCCGGUAUAGGUUCUUCGAGGAUCCGGACGAGUCGAUGGAAACGACGAUCGCCCUCUUCGGCAACCUUUGGGACAUGCUCCCUGCAGGCCCCCCUUUCACCGCCUCUGUUCUAGAGGUAGUCGCCACCCAGACGGUGAUUUACCUGGCGCAGCGGUUACCCUCUGAUCGAUGGCACGCAGCUCUGAGACUCUUCACUAUCGCCUUAGACCUCCAAGUCUUUGGGAGCAUGCCAGAGGAGGACAGCUUCAAAGACAUCGAAGACGUAGGGGCAGCUGCUGAAGACCUCCUGAAUAAAGGUCAUGACGCUGGGGUAUUCCUGCUGCCGUCAGAAGCUAUGUGCACCAUCCAUACUUCGGAUAUUAUCCGUACGAUUGUUCUCGAUUGUUCGCGUCACUCUGGCAUGGUUCACCUCGUGCUUCAUCUGUAUUCCAAGAGCCUUCGUAUAAUUCCUCUGGAUAUGGGCACUCGGCGGACUGAAAAGGAACGAGAGCUGCUUUUGUUGGCUGAGACGGAGCGUGCGGCGUUGAGGUCUUCCUUGCUUUUAUGUGUCCAGAAAGCGUCGGGCGGAGAGAUUUGGUGCGAAGAAUCGGCGAUGACAAUCUUCAAUUAUCGUGCGGUGAGGAUCACGCGCCAAAUACGCCCAUCUUCAGGUUUGAGCCACGUCUGUCUUCUGAGAUACUAUCCCAUCUUGACACGCCAGGUGUACACUAACGACUCCGAUGGUGAUCCCUCUCCUUCGUCGUCACACCAUCUUGAAGGUACAAUCGAGUUUGACCCCGGUACACCAUGGCCUGAUGAUCUGCUGUCCCGAUCCCUGAACGCUUUAGUUCCUGACGAUCUACGAAAUCUGCCUAGCACCGUUGUCCCAGGCGUUCAAGAUCUGACGGUCGACCAAAUUCAAGAGCUCUUUGACAUGCCUUUAGAGGCACGGACCAUCAAAGCCUUCAUGGACGACGCUGAUCUCGAGAUUCGCUCCACCGAGGGAGACAUGUCGCGUAUAUCUGAAAGGAUUGUGCAUCACAUGGGGGAGAAAACCUAUUUCAGCGCUCAUGAUGUCCGGUUAGAGAAGAGAGUGAAGCAACUCAAGAAAUUAACGCCAGACCUCUCCCGGCUGGUGCCUCUUCAAGCCUUGCUGUCCCGCGGGCCUGAGAGAUGUCUCGAGCUCCUCGAAGCAUCUCGCUCAUUCUUCUGGUCUCGGUUACUGAGGUUGCGCACCUCUUUCGACGACCUGCCCCAUGAGCUCGCAUCCGACCUCAAGCAAGUGGUGCAUGCACUGGAAGAAUGCACCUCCCAGACCGUCACAUCGGUACCGAAGGAAGAGGUUGGGAAACAAUGGGAACUGGAGACCCACUUUGCGAGGCUUCUCAAUCAAGCGCGGAAGAUACCCGGAUUCGAGAGGCUCUUGAAGCCCAAGACUCCCGAAAUGCUGUUUCGCGCGGCAGCAGAGGGCCCAGUAGUCGUACUCAUGGGGAUGAGCUCGAUGUACGCUGCACUCGUCGUGCGCCAGAAUGGUGCCGAAGCCGUAUUUUUGAAAGGUCUCGUGGAUGGGGUAUUGGAAAAGCUGGUUCUAGGCCUGAAUGGAGCGACGAAUGAUACCAGCCGUGUGGCGAGAGAUGUUGAUACAGAAAGAUAUGUCCGAAGAAGCAGGGGAGCAACCCCGCUGUAUGAGACGUUACUCGCCAGUUUGUGGCAGCUUAUCGUAAAGCCCGUUUUUGAUUUCAUGGGACUAACGUCGACAUCAGGCUCAAUUACGGAACGACAACGUCUCUGGUGGUGUCCCACAGGUCGCUUCGCUUUCCUUCCAGUCCAUGCUGCCGGAAUCAAUUUUGGAAAGGCAAACGGGGAGUAUACUUCGAAAUAUGUGGUCUCCUCUUACACCCCCACCCUCUCGGCCCUUAUCUCCGCUCGACUCCAAAACGCGUCUUCGCCUCCUAUAGUCAAGGACCUCAAAACUCUGAUACUGGCCCAACCUACUACUAAUGGCCAUCAAGAUCUUCCUAUGACUUUACACGAGUUGGAAUUAGUUGAGAAGACCAUUCCACCUCCAUCCCUCUUACAUGUUGGAAAUGGGCGCAUAUCGGAGACGAACAUAAACCGGACCGUCGGGGAGGCCAUGGAACACUUGUCCCAAGCAUCCAUUCUCCAUCUGGCUUGCCACGGUCAUCAGGAUCGCAUCGAUCCGCUAAGCAGUGGCUUCGAGCUGCAAGAUGGACGCUUGACGAUAGCGAAGCUCAUUAGUUCCCAGAUGCCCCAUGCCGUGCUGGCAUUUCUGAGCGCCUGUGAGAGUGCUUCGAACGAUCUCGACGUCCCGGACGAGGCUUUGAAUCUCGCUGCUGCAAUGUUAUAUGCCGGAUUCCGAAGUGUCAUCGGGACUAUGUGGACCAUGAACGACGAUGAUGGACCGGAAGUUGCUUGUAUGAUCUAUAAAGAAUUAUUCAAGAGUCCAGACGAUCACCUUGACCCCAAGGUUAUAGCCCGUGCUUUGGAUUCAGCAGUACGAAAUCUCCAAGCGAAAGGGGUCCCGCCUAGUCGAUGGGCAACUUAUAUCCAUGUAGGAAUUUGA